AUGGUUUCCACACACAACAAGGACAAACCUUGGGACACCGAUGAUAUUGACAAAUGGCACAUCGAGGAGUUCAAGCCAGAGGAUAACGCGUCCGGACAACCGUUUGCGGAAGAAUCCAGCUUCAUGACGUUGUUCCCAAAGUACAGAGAGACGUACCUGAAGUCUGUAUGGAAGGAUGUCACAAAGGCACUAGAUUCCCAUCAUAUUGCAUGCACUCUUGACUUAGUGGAGGGGUCCAUGACCGUCAAAACGACCAGAAAGACGUACGAUCCUGCGAUUAUUUUGAAGGCUAGAGACUUGAUCAAGUUGUUGGCACGUUCAGUACCAUUCCCUCAGGCGGUUAAGAUUUUGCAGGAGGACACUGCAUGUGAUGUUAUCAAGAUCGGUAACAUUGUCACGAAUAAAGAGAGAUUUGUUAAGAGAAGGCAGCGUCUUGUCGGGCCCGAUGGUAACACGUUGAAGGCUCUGGAACUGCUGACCAAAUGCUACAUCUUAGUGCAGGGGAACACAGUCAGUGCAAUGGGUCCGUACAAAGGUUUGAAGGAGCUUCGUCGUGUCGUUGAAGACUGCAUGCACAAUGUCCAUCCUAUCUACCACAUCAAAGAGUUGAUGAUCAAAAGGGAGCUUGCCAAGAAACCAGAAUUGGCCAACGAAGACUGGUCUCGAUUUUUGCCAAUGUUCAAGAAGAGAAACGUCGCACGUAAGAAGCCAAAGAAGAUAAAGAAAGAAAAGAAGGUUUACACACCUUUCCCUCCUGCACAAUUGCCUAGAAAGGUUGAUUUGGAGAUUGAGAGUGGUGAGUAUUUCUUGAACAAGAAGGAGAAGCAAUUCAAGAAGUUGGAGGAGAGGAAGGAAAUACAAGCCGAGAAGCAGAGAGUAAAGGAUGAGGAGAGAAGAAAGGAUUACACUGCUCCAAAGGAGAAAGCGUACGGAACCACGGACAAGAAAGAGAAAAAGAAGAAGAGAAGUAAAGAUACCGAGGAAGGCGAGGUAGAGGAAGCUGGCAAUAUGUCUGAAACGAAAAGCUCGAAGAAGCAUAAAAAGGCAUGA